AUGUCUCACGCAGGACCCCUCUCCAGGAACGUCUUUUUGAGCACCUUCCUGCAGGAGCAUGGCCCGGAAGUUCUGGACGUUCCUGGCAUGACCGAUCUCGUGGAGUACUAUGAUCCUGGGCCCUCCCCUAACAGGUAGGUCCCAGUAACCCUCUGGGAGCCCCACCCCACCCCCCAUUUCUGGUCAGUGACUUUCAGGAUAUGGUUAGAAGAGCAGGCCUUGCGGGCUCCCUAGGCAGGGCUCCAGAGCAGAAAUUCCCUAGGUGUGGUCGUGGAGGCCUUGCCCUGGGCCCGGCAGCUCUGCUCUGAUAACCAGCCCACAGAGGCCCUCAGCAUCCAGCAUAUUCCCAGGACGGGUCUCGGCACUGCUACCAAAAUGGCUUAGACCUGUGGCUUUAGGGCCGGGUGUCUCCUGGCCCUCAGUGACCACGAUCGCCUCUUCACGGCCUUCUGAGUUGGUUCCACAUUUUAGAAAAUCAAGAUGGAGCCUGAGGCGACUUCCCACAUGGCUCCUGUUAGGGCGGCAAAGGAGGGGUCUUCCCAGGAUCAGCCCCUGGCUUCUGGAUGGUUCUCUUCUGCCUUAGGCCUCAGGAUUGAUUCUCUUAAUCUCUAUUAGGCCCUGGACCUGGGCACUGGGGCUGGUUGGGAUUUUAGAGCUGGAGGGACCCGAAAACCUGCUUCCUCUUCUGUCCCUGCUCCACCCGUAGAUGGCAACAGGGGUCGUUCUGCCUGGGGCAGUGUUUUGCUGAGGUCCCACAGGGUAUUGGGAUAGAGGUGGGCCCUCAACCCUCCAUCCGACCUUUCAGCACCGCUGGAAUAAGAGAGCACGGACCCCGGGGAAACUUGGGCAGGUGGCCGGGGCUGAGCCGGAUCCGCUGGGAGGCCUGUCUGCCUGGAAAUUCCCAGAUGGAGUGUGCGGGCAGACCCCCGAGAGCAGGGCUGAAGCCGGCCCACUGCCCGGAAGGUGUCGGAUUUGGAGAUCAGGUGUGAGCGCGGGCACCUCUUUCCAUCCGCGAUUCCAAUCAGUGAGCGCAGGGGCCCGGGAGCCCCUCCUUUCUGAAAGGAGUGAGGACACCAGGAGGUUUGAGGAUUGGGAAGCAGGGAGCAGGUCCUAGAACCCCUCCCACCAGGAGGAGGGUAAGUCGAGGCUUCAUAGGAAGCCAGUCCCAGUGAUCCAGGGGGCUCAGAGCCCCAACCUGCCUAGCCCCCGCUGGGUGGUCUCUCCAACCUUGAGUUACCCUUGGAGGGGAGGGGGAGGCUGGAACGGGGUGGGGGGGCAACCCGCUGUUCACGCAGGCGCUAAAUGGCUCCCUGCCCUCUCUCGAGGGGCCUGCACGUCAGGGAAUGCACCUGCGGACGGGGCCUCGCUGGCUUUUUCUCACUGACAGGUUCUCUGCUCCCACACCUCGCUCUGUUGCCCCUGGCCUCCCAAGAACCCGGGCCCGGUGCCUGGUGGGCCUGGGUGUGUGGGGUCAGUGCACAACCACACCCCUAUUCCCCGUGCCCUCCCUACAGCAACAGCCCCGACGAUGUGGCCAUGCGGCUGGCCUUCAUCGGGGACGAGAUGGAGGUGAGGUGGAUGAUGCCCCGCGUUGGCGAGCUGCCCGGGAUGGCCGUGUACAGCCUGGCCUUCACCUACAACCAGACGGGCCUGAGAGGUGUUCUCAGAAGUCUCCUGGAUGGUCUGGCCAACCUCAGGGAGAACAUACGGAUCUGGGGCUUCCUGACCCUCAGGAGCAGGGUGUCCCCCAACUCGGGGCGCGGGCUGGCGCUGUCCCUGCUGCUGCUGGUGUUGCUGCUGGGCUGGGGGCUCCACCUCCUCCAGUGACUGUCCCCUGCUGCUCAGCACGGGGGCGGGGCUGGCCUCGCCCCCCCUGACCACCACCCUGGAGGUGGCCUCAGUUGGUUUUGUUGUCUUUUUAACUGUUUUCUGAUGAUCCCUUUUUUUUUUUUUUAUAUUUAAACUCUGAGUGCUGGGACACUACUGAGGUUUCAUACUAGUUUUUUCUUUUUCUUUUUGUAAGAGAGAUGAAUUCAUUAUACCUCUGGGGUCGUUACUGGGUAACUGCCCGCGCCAAGGCCUGGCUGGGCCUGCUCUCCGGGCCCCACACCGCGCAGUGGCCGGUCCUUCCUCUGGCAGGCCGGUCACACGGCGGGCAACGGGGGGAGUGCUGGCCGCACCCCCGUGUCUGUGAUGCCCGCAGCAAAGAAUCUGCUGGAAUAGAUUUGGGAGGGGUAGGAGAGCUCAAUAAAAUGUUGGUUUCCAGCU